AGCCGCCCUGCUGCUAUGGUCGUAUGCGAAGGUUGAGAAGAUGACAAACGCUGAGCUCAACAGCUUCAUCGUCUCCGCUGGAAGUCAGGAAAUCGAUUUCCUAUGUACUGGGAGGGUUGUUCGAGUUGACACAGAUAAGGGGUGGUGUUAUGUGGCUUGCUCCAAAUGCAGUAAAAAAUUGCAGCGCACCGUCUCCGCAUUUACGUGUGGGCGAUGCAAUAAUUCACAUGCAGUUGGAGCACUUCGCUACCGUGUGGAAAUGGCUAUAGCUGACGAUACUGCCGAAGGAACGUUUGUUUGGUUUGAUGGGGUGAUGAUGAAACUUCAUAGUCUUCGAGCAAGCAGGCUGUUCAGAUGCUGUUACGCUACAUCUCUGUCCACCCGCGUGUCUGACACCUACUAACUGACAUCCCAUUCUCAUUUGCUUUCAUGAUAAAUAGGCAGAAGAUGGAGUGAAUCCUGAAGACUAUAGGAUACCUCCGUUCAUUGCAUACAUGGAAGGAAAGUAGUACACUUUCCAGGUGAGGGUAACAGCGUUUAACUUCACCGAGCAUCACAAGACGUUCACCAUAACGCGUAUUGCUGAGGAGCUUGGUCGUGCGCCUGUCGACGACAAUGGAGGUGGCGAUGAUGAUGACAAUGACGUGCCCCCUGGCAAGCCGACGCCUGAUGAGUUUGGAUCUGGAGGGGCCAUUGGUGAUUCAUCGAAGGUGGUGAAGAAGGCGUGUGUUGGUUGAUGCUUAUGCAUUUUAUUUGCUUAUGAAUUUUUAUUUGCUUUUGGACUCUCUGAAUUAAAAAUGCUUAUGCAUUUUUAUUUGCUUUCACGUUUUUGGUUAUUUGUCUUCUGGAUAUUCCCAUUUUUAUGGGCAAUUUAAGUUUAAGGAUUUUGCA